ACACUUAACACUCCUGACGCCCAAGUCCACCCACUCUGGACUUUGGGCUUAGCUGCUGCUAGUGUGGGAGACUGGGAAGACCGAAAGCAAAGUCUCUUAAACAGAAACAAAGGGAGCAGCUUCACACGUUGUAAUAUCUACCAGCUUUCCCCAGAGUAGCUUGGGCUGCCACCUGCAGGUCAUUUGGGUCCAGCCAUGUGGCUACUUCUGUUGCUGGGUGCCUUGUUCUGGGCAGUGCUGUGGUUUCUGAGGGACCGGCAAAGCCUGCCUGCCAGCGAUGCCUUCGUCUUCAUCACCGGCUGUGACUCAGGCUUCGGGCGCCUUCUGGCACUACGACUGGACCAGAGGGGCUUCCGAGUCUUGGCCAGCUGCCUGACCCCCUCUGGGGCAGAGAACCUACAGCAGAUGGCCUCCUCCCGCCUCCACACUACCCUGCUGGAUAUCACUGAUCCCCAAAGUGUCCAGCGGGUAGCCAAAUGGGUGGAGACACAUGUUAGGGAAGCAGGGCUUUUUGGUCUGGUGAAUAAUGCCGGUGUGGCUGGUAUCAUCGGACCCACACCAUGGCUGCCAUGGGAUGAUUUCCAUCGGGUGCUGAAUGUGAACACUCUGGGUCCUAUCGGGGUCACCCUUGCCCUAUUGCCGCUGCUACAGCGGGCCCGAGGCCGGGUGAUCAACAUCACCAGCGUCCUGGGUCGCCUGGCAGCCAAUGGCGGGGGCUACUGUGUCUCCAAGUUUGGCCUGGAGGCCUUCUCUGACAGCCUGAGGCGGGAUGUGGCUUCUUUUGGGGUACAAGUCUCCAUCGUGGAGCCUGGCUUCUUCCGAACCCCUGUGACCAGCCUGGAGAAUUUGGAGAACACCCUGCAGGCCUGCUGGGCGCGACUACCUCCAGCCACACAGGCUCACUAUGGGGAGGCCUUCCUUACCAAGUACCUGAAAGUGCAGCGGCGCAUCAUGAACCUGAUCUGUGACCCGGACCUAACCAAGGUGAGCAGAUGUGUGGAGCAUGCCCUGACUGCUUGUCACCCCCGAACCCGCUACAGCCCAGGCUGGGACGCCAAGCUGCUCUGGCUGCCUGCUUCCUACCUGCCAGCCAGCCUGGUGGAUGCUGUGCUUGCCUGGGUCCUUCCCAAGCCCUCCCAGUCAGUCUACUGAAUCUACCCUUCCAGGAACAGAUUGUUUUUCAAGGGCAAGGACUUGUAUUUUGGUCCCCACCCUGGCACUUCCUGGUACCUGGUACAAAAUAGACAAUAAAUGUAUAUUGUUAAAAAA